AUGCCAUCACUAGCAGGCUUCUCCGACAACCCGCUCGAUACAAAGGAAAACGUAUCAGCGGCCGCAAGAGCACUUCUCCAACCUCUGCUGCCACACUUUUCCCCCGGCCGGGCUCGAAUACGGCUGCCCAUCACAUCGGGCGCUCACUUUGACGAGCACGCCGCCGAUCUGGAGGGCUACGCCCGCCCACUGUGGGUGGUUACCGCGCUCUUGUCCGACGCUGCCGGGCCAGAGCCCCUUUUGGAGCCAUGGAUCGCCGGUCUUCGAAACGGCCUCGACCCGUCUCACAAAGAGCACUGGGGCGCAAUCGGGGACUGGGAUCAACGAAUGGUCGAGGCGGAAAUCAUUUCGUUUGCGCUGCUCGCGGCCCCGGCGUCCUUCUACGAGACCCUGGCGUCAAGCGACAAGAGCAACUUGGUUCGCUGGCUCAAGGGGUUGAACGGCAAGGUGAUGCCCGAGAAUAACUGGCGCUGGUUCCGCGUUCUGUCCAACCUGGCGCUGAUCAAGGUCUGUGGCGUAGAGCACGCGCUGCUGUGGCCGCUCGUUGAGCAGGAUCUCGAGACGCUUGAGAGCUUCUACAUGGCGGACGGAUGGGCUUCCGACGGCGUGUGGCGGGCCGCGGCGGAGGAUCCGAGACAAGAGGGCACGGGGGUUGACGCCGCGCGUGGUCGGCACGCAGACUACUACUCGGGGAGCUUUGCCAUGCAGUUCAGCCAGCUGCUGUACGCCAAGUUUGCCGGCGACUUGGAUCCCGAGAGGUGCUCCGUGUUUAGACAGCGGGCGAGGCAGUACGCGCGUACGUUCUGGGCCUAUUUUGACCAAGACGGCGCACCGAUUCCGUUUGGCCGAUCUCUGUGUUACAAGUUCGCCAUGGGAGGAUUCUACGCGGCGUUUGCCUACUGCGGGCUUUGCGACGACGACGACGAGUAUACCUCGCACGGGGCCGUCAAGGGAAUGCUCCUCCGGCACCUGCGUUGGUGGGCUUCCCACUCGGAGAGUAUAUUCUGGUCCGACGGCACCCUCAACAUUGGCUACUUAUAUCCAAACAUGUAUCUGAGCGAGGAUUACAACUCCCCCCAGUCGCCGUACUGGGCGCUCAAGUCCUUGAUUGUGGUGGCUCUGCCCGGCGGCGACGCCUUCUGGUCGGCCGAGGAGCUGCCGCAUCCCCUGAGCCGUGACCAAGGACGCGAGGACGCCGGGGACAAGGACGUCGUGCCAGUCAGGCCGGCGAGGCAGAUUGUAUGCAAUCACGGCAGGGGGCGGCAUCACUUUCUGCUGUCGUCGGGGCAGUUUUGCGUCUGGCCGAUGAAGGCAACGCAGGCAAAGUAUGCCAAGUUUGCGUAUUCCUCCGCCUUUGGCUUCAGUGUGCCUACCGGGCCGCUGGUUGCGCAAAUCGCGCCAGACAACACGUUGGCGCUGAGCAAAGACAAUGGCGACACGUGGACGGUGCGCUGGGUAUCUACGGGUGAGACCGAGUUUGUCUCGGUUCCCAUCUCUAUAAGCGGCAGCCCGCCGCAACACACCACGGCGCUGGUCAGUCGUUGGAAGCCGUGGCCGACCGGGUCGGUGAAAGUCGAGACGACGCUGAUUCCGCCGUGCUCAGCGUGGCCGGACUGGCACGUCAGAGUACAUCGCAUCUGCGCCGGCAACGAUGCGUCCCUCCUCUCGCUGGAUGCCGUCGAGGGCGGCUUUGCCAUUGAUGGCAGACAGAAGGCGAACCGGCGCAUCAUCCCAAAACGCCAAGGGGACGCUGGCCAAACGUUGAUGUCGUUGGGCCUGCGGGACGGCGAGGUUGCACUAGAGACGCCAGACUCGUCUCUCGUACUGUCGUCGGCCGGAGCAAGCGGCAUCGUCAACCUGGCUCCUUUGUCUCCGCCAUCUCUGCGAUCCGUGGGUGAGGUAUUGAAGCCGGACCCCAACACCAAUUUAAUGACAACCAGGACUUUGCUGCCAACGAUCAAGCACUCUGGACCGAGUUGGCCCAAGGAAGAUAUCGUCAUCAUGACAGGCGUCUUUGCUAUCCACGAUGAGAAAAACGCAAUGACCCUAGCAGAGAUUGAAGAGCGGUGGUCGCGCCGCCCAUGCGUCAAAUACAAGGCCGAGUCUGGGCUGAGCCUGAGCUGA